UAGAGUGCUGAUGAUUGCACAUUUUACAGUGUGAUCAUUUGAGGCUGAAUAGACCCAAUACGAGUUCUGAUAUUAUCUGCUGCUGAUUUUAGACGUGCCCGGGAAUCAAAGUCUGUUUUCCAAGUUCAUGGUGAAAUGCACUUUCCACUAUACCACCACUCACCAGAAUGUUAAUAACAUACACACAUAGCAGCCAGCCGCAUCACGGUAGCAGACACACACACUGAAUGUGAGGAAUGUCAAUAUUUGACUGUACCAUGAGUACUGGCUGCUGGAGAUAAAAAUGGGUGGUCUGUCACUCCAUGUUCACAGUUUGAGGACGUGCCUUCAAAUUAUUGGGACUGUGGUGCACAGAAGUUGCUGGAUCUGGCAGACGUGAGAGUCGUUGGCGAGGAGCGGAGACAUCAGAUGCAUGAGCAGUGAUGAUGAGGUAACACAGGCGAGACCGGAGGCUCUGCACAGGACUAGGCCUCACCACGCCACUCUGUUAGGACAAAGAGCGUGAUAACGAAUCAACAUCCUACGGAUUCGAGCUAAGUGAGUCAACUUUUGGUGCACCCUACGACUUGAGCUGUGCGUUCACUCUGCUGACUGCCCUACAACACAGAACGACAAGAUGGGGCUGCUGGCUGAUGAUGUCGCAACUUCGCCAGAAUGGAAAUCCUUGAUAAUGAGUCAAAUGCUGAUCAGCCUGGCCCUGAUCUGUAUGGUGUUCCUAACCGUACGGGCUGCCCUGCAAGUAGUGGGGUCAACAAUCUGCCCAGUGGGCUUCCCUCCUGGUCCUAAACCAUUACCGUUGCUGGGGAACAUCACUGCCUUUAUUUGCAAUAAUCCCCACAUUGCCAUGCAAGAAUUGGCCAAAAAAUAUGGAGAAGUCUGCACCAUAAUGUUGGGGAGUACGCCUGUUGUGUUGGUGAGCGGCUACGAGGCAGUCAAAGAGGUCCUGGUGAAUCGAGGUCAUGAGUUUGCUGACCGACCAAUAACUCCCAUUUUUACUAAACUCACUCAGAAUAUUGGUAUCGCAUUAGCACCCUAUGGAGACCCAUGGAAGCAGCAGCGCAGAUUUGCUUUGUCAACAUUGCGCAAUUUUGGCUUCGGAAAGGCAACAAUAGCUGACAAAAUAUCGAUAGAAGCGAAGUACCUAAUAGAAACUUUCAAACAGGAAACCUCAGCGUUUGACCCUCACUUGAAUUUAAACAAUGCACUGGGCAACAUAAUUUGCUGCCUCCUGAAUAGGAACCGAUAUGAUUAUGACAAUGAGCAGUUCCAAAAGCUUACGCACCUCCUUGAGUAUCUCGUGCAGUUACAAGCAGAGCCGCUGGUAAUACUGUGUAAUGUAUUCCCAUUUCUGCUAAAGUUGCCUGGGCCAUGGCAGAAAGUAUUCCAUAUUCACACAAAGUUGCAAUGCUUGCUCAAUGAUAUAGUAUCUGAGCAUCGUGCCACAAAAGAUCAACACAACCCCAGGGACCUGAUUGACUCAUAUCUAGCUCAGAUUGAUAAGGAGAAGGACAAUCCCAACAGCAGCUUUACUCACCAAUCCCUCAUUCAGAUUUUGAUAGAACUUUUCAUCGGUGGCCUGGAGACAACCUCCAACACACUACGCUGGGGCCUCCUCUUCAUGAUGAUGAACCCCGACAUUCAAGCCCGAUGUCAUGGGGAGAUUGACAGAGUUGUGGGAUCCGAGCGACCACCAUGUAUGACGGACAGACGCAGCCUGCCUUACUUGGAUGCUGUGAUCCAUGAGAUACAGCGCUUUGGUAACGUUCUUCCACUUGGAGUUCUGCACGCUACAUCUAAAGAUGUGCAGUUCAACGACUACUUGUUUCCAAAGGGAACCCAUGUAAUGGUAAACCUCAUGUCUGCUCUUCACGAUGACAUCCACUGGAAAACACCAAAUAAGUUUAACCCUGAUCACUUCCUUGAUAAAGAUGGCCAGUGUAUCCAGUCGGAUGCUUUCCUGCCAUUCUCUGCUGGUCCCCGUGUCUGUUUGGGGGAAAGUUUAGCCAAGAUGGAGAUCUUCCUCUUCUUCACAUCUCUCUUGCAGCACUUUGAAUUUUACUGGCCCAACUCCGUCUCUCCUCCCACUUUAGCUGCCAAAUUCAGUACCACUCUAUCGCCACUCCCCUAUAAAUUAGGGUUACGCAUACGCAACUCACCGUAGCUAAGACAAGACUAUGAUCCAUAGACGUAUUAAUGUGUAAAACUAAACACCUUUUGUCUUGGCUUUGUACGGACUUUUUUGCAAAUCCUGGAAAUUUUCAUGAGACCAAGGUCCAUAGCUAAAUAUUGUAUUGCCCAGUUGCAGGAAUAGGCAAUUCAAAUUUAAUGAUAUGCAAUAUUAUUCUUUGCUUCAAUAAAUAUACGUAUGUUAGGACUUUAAUACAUCUGCUAUACAGUAUAAAGGAUACUUAAAGUUUCGUAGUUUUUAAUAUUAAUUUUAGGUUUAGUCCCAGUCUCUCGGCUCCUGGAGUAAUGCCUCUGUCAACAUACUUACGUUAAUUACACUCACUAUAUCCAUAUGUAGUGGAGUAGACAAUACACAUGGGUAAGUUGGCCAUAUACAGUACACACAAACAGUGUGGGUCAUGUAAGUUCGA